UAAUUUAGGAAAUACGUUCCCAAGUAUACCACAAAUUAAAAACGGGACAUGUCUUUUGUAUGUGAUCAUGUCUCAAUGUAAUCAAGGUAUGAAAUGAUUGUAUUUUGAAAAUAACAAUCAAUUAUUGGUAUUAGUUGUGGUGAAUUUGCAGCAUUAUUAUAAUGAUGUCCCGGCCCAUAACCAUCGACUCCGCGGCUGAAUCUAGUUGCCUUCGCCUGCAGUACUGUAACUAGCUCUCCACCUAGCUGUCGAGACAAGUUACUACGGAGAAUGCUGCUGUAGUGUCUUCAACCGAGCGCUAUGAAAACCGCCGCGCAAAUGUUGUUCUCUUCUGUAUCCAGCCAGCCUAUGCGUAGGGUUUCCUAGGAGGAGUAGGCCUAGCGACUUUAGUUAUGUAACCAAACCAAUAUCUGAAUACAGUGCAUGAUUGUUGACGGUUGUCGAGAGGAUAGGACAGUAUCACCAAGCUCUCUUAUCUUCUCUAAUGUAGACUAAACGCAGUUCUGGGACGCGCACGCUGGUUCAAGUCUGACUGACUGACAGACAGACAGAGAGGGACAAAGCGCUGGACAGUUGGGUCAAGAAAGCCUUUUGAUAUUUAAUCUCUGGACAAUACCUGUUCCCUUCCACCCUGGGUGCUGCCCCCCCCACCCCUCCCCCCUCACAUCUCUGAUGGACCAGAGAGCGAAGGGGGGCCCAUCUCUACCUCCACCAUCCUCACUGCCUCUCCUCCCCACAGCCCCACCACAGCAGUACCCAGAGAAAGAGGUAGGCGGUGGGACGAGGAAGAGGACAGAGAAGGAAGGAGGUGGUGCAGUACUGGAGGUGCUCAUUGAGGGGUGCUGUGGUGCUGCAGGGCAGAGACAGCUCCCAUUCCCAGGCAGAGAGAGGAGCUGCACUGAGGGCAAUGUGAGGCUGAGGAUCGGAGUCCAAGCGGCCAAACGCACCAAGAAACCCCCCAGGACCCUGGAGGGCUACGAGUGUAAACCCACCAUCAGGACGUACCAGAGGCCUGGGAGGGGGAGUCAGGAGGUAGGGGGGAGUGGGCAGGGGAACCGUCCUCAGGAGGAGGGGGACGGAGAGCAGAACCAGGGGUCAGACCCCAGCACCACCCAGACCAGGAAGAUACACUCCUCCCUGCCUCCGUCUUCAUCAUCAUCAUCAUCAGCCCCUACAACCACCCCUCCCAGCCCAGCCAACCCUCAGACUGCGCCAGCCAAACAGGUCCCUGUGAACCUGGGCUAUAAGAAGUCAGACACCCUAACGGAGAAACCAAGGCACCCUGACCCACCUGAUGCCCACAGCAAACUACCUUCACCUGCCCAAAUGAACCAGGCAAUCGCCUCUGACCCCACAGCUUCAUCCCCCCAUUCCCCCCCUCCCUCAUCACCCCAUUCCCCCUUGGUAAAGGACCCUAGCGGUGAGGGAGGCAUGCUGAAUGGGGGAGUACCUACAGUCACCUGCCAUCCUACCAGACUCACAAAGGUCAAAGGUCGCAAACAGAACUGUUCUUCCUCAGCCGCCCCCACUAACGUGAACUCAACAACAAGACCUCCAGCCUCCAGCCCCCAUCAGGCUGACCUUGCAGCCCAGGACAGGACUACAGGCUUCAGCUGCCCUCCUACACCACCUCCAUUCACAACCCUACUUCCAGACCAGAGAGGAGCCCCAGUGGCUGAUGGGAGACUGAGUCCUGCUGCCUCCCUCACCAGCCUGAGCAGGGGACCAUUACUACCGUCCUCUGUGGGAAAUGAGAGAGGGAAGGAGGAGAAAGCCAAGAAGAAGAAAGAGAAAGAUGACAAAGCGAGGGGUGAGAAAGGGAAGGGUAAGAGAGGGGAGAAGGGGAGAGGGAAGGAGGAGAAAGAUGACAAAGUGAGGGGUGAGAAAGGGAAGGGUAAGAGAGGGGAGAUGGGGAGAGGGAAGGAGGACAGAGGGAGGAAUGAGAGUCCAAAGAUGGACAGAGAUGAGAGAGGGAAGGAGGGAACUGGGAUGGAUGAGAGCGGGAGGGAUAUGAUGGGGAAGGAGGAGAGAAAUGGGGACGAGGACAAGGAAAGAGAGAAGCCCAGAGACUUGAGGAUGAAUAAAUCGCCCUCUUCUACAAAGUGUCAGAUGUCUGAGGUUCAGAGCAGGAAGACAGGUACACCCAGCCCAGACCUGACCAGCGGAACAUGGGAAUCAGAUGAUAUUGGUGUCCCCUCAAGACCCACCGUCUCUCCCUCCAACCCAUCCACUGCCUCCUCUCCCCUCACUUCCCUCCCUCCUCCCCCUCUCUCUGUCCACUCUUCCUCUCCUCCUACCUCCCCCCGAGAGCAGGACAGCCGUCCGCUGAAGAAGCGUAAAACCCGACGGCCAAGCUGGACCAGGCUGGUGAACCGGGCACAGAGACUGGCAGAGAACCCAGAUGGCCGCCAAGAUGCCCCCUUAGUUGCCCCACAGACCCCCACUACCCCCCAGACAUCCCCCACUACCCCCCAGACACCCACAACUACCAACUCACCCAACCUUCGGUCAGCUGAGUCAUGCCUAGCCCCCUCUGUUCCCCCACCCUCCAGUCCGUCCUCCCUCUCCCCCUCUACCUCCACCCCUGUGAGACCCAGACCAACAGGGCGACCCCCAUCCCCCACCCAGUCUCACUUGUUGACCUCUGACCCUAGCCCUUUACCUGGACCUGACCGUCCCUUCAAUCAGGCCAGAAAAAGGGGUCGCCCCAAAUCCCAAACCUCAAGCUUGGACGAACCCCAACCCAUACACUCCCCCAAACCUACCCAAGCUGAGAUGCUCCCUCAUGGGCAUGAUGAGACUCCGGACCCCCAUGUGCUCAACCCAGUGCUGGAUCACAGUCCCACCCUCACCAAUCCCUCUAGCCCCAACCCCACGCCCAGGAAACGAGGUCGCCCCAAACGGCUGCCCCCCUCCCCCCUCCUCCCCAAACAGACUCCCCAGGACAAGAACAGGGGUACACUGACCCCAUCUGGAGGUGAGGAGGGGGGUAAAGACUUCCCCUCUGAAAAGGGGAACAGGAAGCUGAGGAUGAGGAGCAUCAUCGGAGAGAUGAAGAGGAGGAAGAAGAGGAGGCUACUCAGGGAAAUGCUUUCUGGGUGUGGAGGGGGGAAGGAGGGGAGAGGAAGAGAGGGAGGUAGAGAGAACUCUUGUGGGUGUGCAGGAGGGGUGUGUGGGUCGGCCACAGCACCCUCCCUGUCCUCCUCCUUUGGGGGUAAACUAGGUCCCCAGAUCAACGUGAGUAAGAGGGGGACCAUCUACAUGGGGAAGAGGAGAGGACGCAAACCCAAAGCUCCAGCUAACUCUAACCCUGCCUCUCAGUCCACACUGUUCACCAGUCUCUCUAGUUCCUCUCUCUUCUCCUCUCCCCAGCCCCAUCCUCUCCUCUCUCACCCAUUCCCCUCCCCAUCUCUCACCCACUCCAGUGGAGCCCAGAGCCCUUACAGUGAUGGAGGCUGCACAGAACCUGCUCCCUCCCUCUUCCUCCCCCACACCUUCUCCCUCCCCUCACCCUCCUCCUCCUGUGCAUCGCCACGUCCUCUCUCCUCCUCCUUCUCCUCCUGCUCAUCCCUCUCUCCCUCCCUAAAGAGGAGUUCUCCAGGUCAGGGACGACAUCCCUUCUUCCACCAUCCCUCCAGCAGACUCUCUUCUCCUCCUCUUCCUCACCCUCUUUACCCCCAUCUGCCUGUCUUCCCCACACACCUGAAAGAGGCCACACCCUCACCUAUCAGUAAAUCACACAGCAAGGAGAUGUUGCCUAGUGAUAGUGUGAUUGGAAUGGACCACAACACUACCUCAGAGAGGGGGGAGAGGAGGGGCCGAGGGAGAGGGGGGGUAACCAUGGGAAUGACCUCAGAUGUCACCCGGUCAGUGUUCCGGACAGGUUUAGGGGUCAACCUGAAGGGUCAGAGACAACCCUCACCCUCCAUGUUACUAGAACACCCCCCCCCUGUACCCUCACCCAUCAGAGUGUCAGCCUCACCCCCCUCUCCCCCCUCUGCCUCCCCCAGACACAUGCCUCCUUCUGACUUAGUGGAACCCAGAGACAGACACAGGCACAGGCGGAGGGGGUACGAAUGUCCCUAUACCUGCCCCCCCUGCCCCUGCCUAGGUCACAACCAGCGCUCCCACCUGGACCUCUGCCCCUGCCUAGGGCACAACACACACAAGAGACAGAAACACAAACACAAGAGGAAGUACCAGCACCUGCUCAUGCAUGCACACGACCCAGACUUCCUCUCUGAACUGGACGAUCUCAUUGGGCAGUUCAGCGAGGUCCGCAUCGGGCGCCACCGUGAUUGGGCCAGAGCUGGAUUGGGGCAGGAUUUCGAUGAGAGUGGGGGGAAAAGACGCCACUCUUCCUUAUUGUCAUCGCAAAAUUUCCACUCAAACGUUUACAGAAUCAACUUGAGUGGAUACUACUCGCCUCACCCCCUGUCUCACCCCCCUCACCCCUCCUUCUCCCCGCUCCACCCCCACCCCUGCCACGGCCUGCCUUAUGGCAGCAGAAAGCCAGAGCAGAGGUUGAGGUGUGGCUGUCCCACCAAGCCCUGUGAGUCCUUAGACCAGGGUGACUGUGGCCAGGGGCGGAGGUGUGCCUUACAGGGUAUCACAGGGCACCUCCACCCCUCCUCUCUCAGUACCCCCCUGGCCUCCUCGACCACCUCUUCCACCACCCCCAUGCCUCUGGGUUUUGGCUACUACAGAGGCUAUCCUCUGACCAUGGCCCAUUACCCAAACCCCCACCCCUCCUUUCCCCUGCCUCCCCCUCAUCCCUACGCCCCCCACCACCCCCACCUCCACCCCCCUCACCUCCUCCUCAACCCAUCCAGGUUCCACAGGAGGAGGAGCAGGCAGCUGAGGGAGGCUGGGUUGGGUGGAGGUGGAGGUGAGGACGUGGGGGUUAUGGGUGAGGGAAAGAGGGCUGGGGUCCGUUCCUGUCCAGCAGGGUCCGUCCCUGGUCGGUCCUGUGUCUGUGGGGGGAGUGAACACAAGCUCAGACACAAACAUCGUCACAGACAGCAUGAUCGUGACGGAAAGGAAGAAGAGGAGGAGAGAGUUGCAGGGUCACAGCUAAGGUCAGAGUUCACCACAGGGUCAGGAGGAAGUAGAAAGACUGGAGGACAAGGGAGUGCUGGGUUGAUGGAGUCUCCAUGGCAACAUAGGCACGGCAAAUACCCCUCUUCUUUCUUCUCUGCUUCUGCUAAACCAGCCUCUUCAUCAUCACCAUCAUCAGAGAGGCUUAAACACACACCCCUCACCUGUCUAGGCUCCUCUCACCUUUCCUCGUUUGGAGAGGGCUGGGGGGUUCGGCAGAACCCCUGGCUGAGGAGAGGGGGGCUGGGGGCAGGAUUCAGACCCCUCGAUCCCACCUGGGGCACUCUGACAGAAGGGCAGAGGACGGCCGCUGUGGGGGAGUCAGAGAGAGAGGCGGGGGAGAGACACACACCCUGUCACAGCACCUUCACCCCCCCGACACACACCAACCUCUUCACCUCCCCUGCCACCAGUGGGAGGGGCAUGAGGAGAGGAAGAGACAAUUGGAGACCAGGGAAUCAAGACGGGUCACUGAGGAGUGAGGAGCCAUCACAGACAGAGAGGAGAGGCACAGACCCACACUAUGACCUGAGCAGGAGGCAACUGAAGUGGCUGAGAACCGGUCAAAGUUUUGGGGCUAAGAGAGGGCCUGGACGACCCAGGAAGAACCCUCUAGCCUCCCCUUUGGUCUCCCCCUUCCUCUCUCCUACAAGCCAACCAAACCCUCCAACUGAGACAGAUGUCAAGAACAGAGAUAGAAACAGAAGAAGAGGAGGAGGAGAUUCAGUACAAGAGGUGAUUGAAGCUGUGAUUCAGAGCCAGAGGAGGAGAAGACGGAAGAGGAGGCACAUUGAGAAAGAGGAGGUUGAGCAUCCAUCUUGUCUCCAAAGUUCUGGUGAAGGUGAGCCAGUCACCCACACCCCCUCCAUAUGCACAGGCCAAUCAGAGCUAACCCAAACUCCAUCCCUAACCCCGGCCAGCCAAUCAGAUAAGGGAGCUGACCAGCUGCCUAGGAAGAGGUUUCAGAGGGCGGGGCUCUACUCAGAUGACUACAAAACUACAGAUCCCUCCUCUCAGAACCAGCUGAACAGAGAGAGACUGGAAUAUACACCAGGAGAACAAGACUACAGCCUCCUGCCUGCUCCCAUACAUGUUGGGAAGUACCUAAGAAUCAGACGUAUUGACUUUCAGUUGCCCUUUGACGUCAUGUGGCUCUUCAGGCACAACCAGCUCCACAAAGAGCCAGAUGUUCCUCAGACCAGAGAGAUCUCAUCCUACCAACCAAAAGAGAAGAGCCUGUCCAGUCCCCAGACAGGGGUGUCCCUCCCUCCCUCUCCCCAGGAGGAGUGUUCCAGUCCCAGUAAGAAGCUGUUCCCCUACCUGGACAUGGAGCCUAUGACCACCAGUGACAGGGUGUUCGUCCUGAGGCACCGCGUGUUCCUUUUGAGGAACUGGGAGAGGGUCAGAGACAGACAGAUACGCCUGAGGAGGGGGAGAGAGGGGGAACAAGAGAAAGAUGGAGGAGGAGUUUCCAGCUAUGUAGCUACUGGGGACAACAACAGCCACAUCAUGUCAGGUCGACAAAUGGCGGUGAAGAAGAAUGUUGUGUGGACUAGUGAGCCCCUUCGUGAUCCCCAGUGCCCCCAUAACCCCCUCAGAACCACGCCCCAGCUCACUGAGAACAGACAAGAGGAGAAAAAACAGGUGGAGGAGGAAGAGGAGGGCUGGAGGGAGGUCCGGAAGGAGCGACUGAACAACAUACUGCUGAAGCUGCGGCAGACAUGAUUGGUGAGAGAGGACAAGGAAGGAAGGAGGGGGGAAAUCUCAGCUCAGUAUCUCUUCUUCUUCCAAGUAGCUCAGUUCAGCUAACUUUGCACUAGUGUUGGGGGGGAAAACGCUUCCCUGAAAUGAUUUGUUAUAAAGAUGAUUUUGGGCUUUGUUUCUGAGAGGAAUGAGGGUGUUGUUUACUGUACCAUUGAGAAUGAUUGACAGACAGUCAGCAGACCAGUGACAGUCUGAUUUAAUAGUCAGAGAGGGCGGAAGGGAUGGAUGGAGACCAUAGAGUCUUAAGGCUGGAUUAAAUUCGUAUUGUGGAAGAUCCGCGUUGUAGCUCGAUUUAAAUGUAAAGGAAAUGUUCCCGUGUUCUCGCAGACUACAUUCAGACUACAUUCAGACUACAUUCAGACUACAUUGACUACAUUCAGAUUACAUUCAGACUACAUUCAGACUACAUUCAGACUACAUUCAGAUUACAUUCAGACUACAUUCAGAUUACAUUCAGACUACAUUCAGACUACAUUCAGACUACAUUCAGAUUACAUUCAGACUACAUUCAGAUUACAUUCAGACUACAUUCAGACUACAUUCACGGUAAACGCUGCACGUCGGUUCAAUCUGAAAUGACCAUGACAAUAUCCUUUUUUACAAUUUUACCUCCUUUUUUGUGAUAUCCAAUUGCGAUCCAAUUACGAUCUUGUCUCAUCGCUGUAACUACCCAAUGGGCUCGGACAGGCGAAGGUCGAGUCAUGCGUCCUCCAAAGCGUGAUCCAAGUGACGCUUCUUAACACCUGCGUGCUUAACCCGGAAUGUAUUGGAGGAAACACCGGCCAACUGACGACUGUCAGCUUGCAGGUGCCUGGCCUGCCACAAGGAGUCGCUAGAGCGCGAUGAGCCAAGUAAAGGCUCCCCCGGGCCAAACCUUCCACUAACCCGGACAACCCUGGGCCAAUUGUGCGCUGCCCUAUGGGACUCCCGGACACAGCCUGGGAUCGAACCCCAGGCUGUAGUGACAUCGCAACACUGCGAUGCAGUGCCAUAGACCGCUGCCAUAGACCGCUGCACCACUUGGGAGGCCUACCUCUACAUUUUUAUGCAGAUCUUCUGCGAUACUUCCGCAAUACACAGCCCCUAUGAUUUGAUUCAAUCCCUGUUGCUGAAGUACGGCGCUAUAGUGUGAUUCAACUGUAAAGGUAAUUUCCAAUUGAGCCGACCUAUGCAGUUUUUCCGUGAAUUCAGUCUCCGCUAACGCGGGAACAUUGCCUUGUUUUCUUCAGCUCUACGUAUUGAAUCGGGCCUUUAAUGUAAAAGUGCCAUGUUGUAAAUAAACUGACGCCUAAGUGAGUUCAAUCUCCAAAAGCAAUACGUCCUGUAAGGAUUUCAGUACAACAACUUUAAUAUCACUACCAGUACCAGCUAGAGACCCUUCUAUGUAUCAAACCAAGUAGUUUUUAUUGCCUUAGUGAAUAUGAUCAUUUCAAGAUCGUUAUAUUGUACCAAUGAUAAUGCAGUAACAUUGACCUAAGUAAUGUAAUGAAUCAGUUUCAUAAUAGAUAGUUAUUAUCUAAGCGUUAAAGUUAAUAGUCAAAGGCCUUCAUUUUGCUACAAAGUGUUAAACAUAACUGACCUAUGUUGAAUAUGACUUCUCUUCAUCUGUAUACUUUUUCUGACUGAUGAAAUGUUCUUUUUUAUUUGGUCAGACAAUCAGGAAAAUGAAUUGAAUCUGAGAUUUGUAACCGUUCAUUUGUACAGUUCUCUUUGGUGCAGUUUCUAGUUUGACUUUGAACACUAAGUUGAAUGUUUUAUAGUUGACCUGUGUAUUUGCCUCACUCACUAUUGCCAACGGGUGAUGAGGAAUAUUAUAGCAUUCAUCAAUAUAGUGAAGGGUUAUUUAUGUAGUUUGCAUGAAAUGUAACUUUGGGCUGGAUUCAAUCCGUAUCGCGGAAGUGUAAAGGUCAUUUAUCGUGAAUUCAGUCUCCACGAACGCGGGAACAUUGCCUUUAAAUUUAAAUGGAGCUAUAACGCAGAUCUCCCAUGAUACUUCUGCGAUGCGGUGAGAAUCCAGCCCUUUGUUGUACAAUUUAAAUUGCUGCUUAUAACCUGUCUUUGGAGAAAAUACCACAGAGUUCAUCUGACAGAAUGUCAUUUCAAACAUUGACCUUAUUAUCAAUAACAAUAAAAUGGUGUUUUUGUUUA